AUGGGCUCCGUCGCAUUCAGUCUGGAGGACGUCGUGAUCGAAGCCUCCACAACUCCACCUUCAUAUUCACCUUCAUCGCCACCUCGGAGGCGAGCCGCCACCGUCUCCAACAGCCAAGUCGGCCUUAUCAACCGACUUGCCCGCACCCGCGUCUCGCAUGUCGUGUGCUUCUUCCUAGCCCCGGGGCGGCACGUCGUCUCCAUGGAAGUCAGGGUAGAUGGGCCGUCCGCCCGCUACUUCAUCCACCUGCCGCACUUCUCGUUCAUGAUCAAGCUGCGGUGGCGGAUGACCUCGAUGGGGCCGGAGAUCUUGCGGUUCAGGGCGUCGGCCAACCGCGGGUCAUUCGGGCUCGGCGAGGACGACCUAGAAUAUCUGGGUGGUGUCGCGUACACGAGGCCAUGCUCGGAUAGGAUGUUCGGCGUGCUGAGGUCGAAGGUGUACGUUGUGGGGAGGGACGAGUUGCGCCGCUGCGAUGGGGUGCAAGAAGCGCCGCGGGAGUCAUGUGUUGAGAGAGAGGGGAUUCUGGUGUGA